GAGGGUUCUUCCUGCGGCAAAAUUUCCAACAAAUAUCCCGAAAACUGUAGCCUGAUGUGUGACAUUUAAAGAAGUGUGUAGUUUGAAACAGAACACGUAAAGAACUUAAAAUUCGACUGACCGUGAGAUGUCUCGGGCUAUUCAUCUUCCAGUUCCCUGUCCUGUUCGACUUGGUACCUUAAGAAAUGACUCCUUGGAAGCUCAGCUUCAUGAGUAUGUCAAACAAGGGAACUAUGUGAAAGUGAAGAAAAUUCUUAAGAAAGGAAUUUAUGUUGAUGCAGUUAACUCUUUAGGUCAAACAGCACUUUUUGUUGCAGCCUUAUUGGGCCUUACAAAGGUAGUUGAUGUUCUGGUGGACUAUGGAUCAGACCCAAACCACCGCUGCUUUGAUGGGAGCACACCUGUCCAUGCAGCAGCAUUUUCAGGAAAUCAGUGGAUCCUUAGCAAACUGCUGGAUGCAGGCGGUGACCUGCGGCUCCACGACGAAAAGGGUCAAAACCCACAGUCCUGGGCCUUGGCAGCAGGGAAGGAGCGCAGCACCCCGAUGGUGGAGUUUAUGCAGCGCUGUGCCUCACAUAUGCAGGCAAUCAUCCAGGGCUUCUCUUAUGAUCUCCUGAAGAAGAUAGACUCCCCUCAACGACUCAUUUGCAGCCCACCCUGGUUUGGGGGUCUUAUGCAGGGGAACCCUAAUGGCUCUCCUAACCGACUGCUUAAAGCUGGAGUAAUUUCUGCCCAAAAUAUCUACAGCUUUGGCUUUGGGAAGUUUUAUCUCACAGGGGGGACACAACUUGCCUAUCUAGGAUCUCUUCCAGUAAUUGGAGAAAAGGAAGUGAUUCAAGCUGAUGAUGAACCCACUUUCUCUUUCUUCAGUGGCCCCUACAUGAUCAUGACUAACCUGGUGUGGAAUGGGAGCAGGGUCACCGUGAAAGAACUGAAUCUUCCCACUCACCCCCACUGCAGCAGGCUGCGACUGGCUGACUUGUUGAUUGCUGAACAAGAGCACAGCAGCAAGCUGCGGCACCCCCACCUGCUACAGCUGAUGGCUGUGUGCUUGUCUCAGGACUUGGAGAAGACCCGGCUUGUGUAUGAGCGCAUCACUGUUGGCACUCUAUUCAGUGUUCUCCAUGAACGACGGUCCCAGUUCCCCGUGCUGCACAUGGAGGUGAUUGUGCACUUACUGCUCCAGAUCGCUGAUGCCCUGAGAUACCUGCAUUCUCGGGGGUUUGUCCACCGCUCCCUCAGCUCCUAUGCUGUCCACAUUGUCUCCACAGGGGAAGCAAGACUGACCAACCUGGAGUACAUGAUGGAAAGCCAGGACAGUGGUGUACACAGGGACCUGACUCGUGUACCCCUCCCCACUCAGCUGUACAAUUGGGCUGCUCCGGAAGUGAUCUUACAGAAGGCGGCCACAAUGAAGUCGGAUAUCUACAGCUUUUCCAUGAUCAUACAAGAGAUUUUAACAGACAGCAUACCCUGGAAUGGCUUAGACGGCUCAGUUAUUAAAGAAGCUGUAGUCUUGGGAAAUUGCUUAGAGGCUGAUGUCAGGCUUCCGAAACCUUACUAUGAUAUUGUUAAGUCAGGCAUCCAGGUCAAGCAGAAAGACCGAACUAUGAACCUUCAAGAUAUCCGAUAUAUUCUGAAGAAUGACUUAAAGGAGUUUAUUGGAGCCCAAAGAACUCAACUAACCAAGAGCCCUAGGGUACAGAGAUAUGAACCCCAUCCUGAUGUCAGUGUCUAUCUGGGACUGACUUCAGAACAUCCAAAAGAGACCACAGACUUGGAAAUCAAAGAGCUAAAGGAAACAGGCAGUCAACCACAUUCACCAAAGGGUCACUUUUCUCCUACCACGAAGGUAACACUAGCUCCCCUAGUCCCUGAUUCAAGUCUAAUGACCCAGGAAUCUCAGAAUCCAGGAACUCCUUUUCAACCUAUUCCAUUUAUGGCAGAAGAGGCCCAGAGUCACCACACAAGUCAGGCAAGUCUCUGUAGCUUCGAAAUCAAUGAGAUAUACUCAGGCUGUUUAAAUUUGGGAGAUGACAAAGAGGAAGAGCACCCAGGAACUGCUUCAUCUCUUGAGGGGUAUAGACCAAACCUGGUAGAUGAACUGCAGUCUAUGGAAGAAGAGUUGGAGAAGAUGGAGAGAGAGGCUUAUUUCUGUGAUGAGGAUGACAGCUCUUCUGAAGUUGACACAGAGCUCUCCUUUGGGUACUGGCAAAAUGGUUCACUUAGUUCACUCAGCCUACCUGAGCCAACCAGAGGAACCAAGGGCAAAGUGAUUAACAGGUCCAUGACUGAGGAGUACAUCAGUAAGUGUGUGCUGAAUCUAAAGAUUUCACAGACAUUAAUGCACCAGAAUGUUGAUUUGCUGAAGAGUACCCAGCAGAAAAUAGAUGAACUUGAGUUGAUAGAGAAUGAGCAGGAAACGUGCCGGUCUUUGUGGGCUACUUCAAGAGAGUUUUCAGACACCUACGACUCACCUUCAGCCCUGGGCCCUCCAGCUUUGAGUUAUAUUCCUCCUGUCAUGCAGCUAUCAUGGAGUCCCAAGUCAAAUUCCAGUGGCAGUUGCCCAACUCUGGCAAGGUCUCCAAGAACAGUGAAAGACUUUGAAGCGGGACAUUUGGGCAAAAGACCCAAGAAAAGAAGUGACUGUGGCUGGCAGUCUUUCACCCAGGUAUCUGAAGAAAGCAUUAGGGACCAGCCAGAGACCAUCCAACAGCUGCCAACUCUUUGUGGUCCUGGAAAACAGAACACAGAUGAACAAUCCCAGACCACUGAAGGAGCCAAGGACAAGGAAAGAAGCAGGAACCAAAAUAGUAGUCAGGGAAGGCCUAGAGAGACCAGUGAACGAGCCAAAGCCACACAGCCAAGUACUGUAUUGUUUCCUAUAUCCAGCCACCCAAAGAGACCUGCUGGAUCACCCAUCCUUCACCAGGGCUUUACCAGGACCAGUGUGGAGUCUGUGUCUUCUGAAAUCUAUAACACAAAGUCAAGAAAUAAUGAAGAUGAUGGAGAGAUACACUUAAAAUGGAAAAUGGAAGUGAAGGAAAUGGCAGAGAAAGCAGCUACUGGGCAGCUCACAAUUCCUCCUUGGCAUCCUCAAAGUAGUUUGACUUUAAACAGUGAGUCUGAAAAUGAGCCUGCUCCUCUGCUGCCGCCCUCUGUCAAGGACCUUCAGAACAUGGACUGGAAGUAUCACAGGGAAAAUGAUAAGCCAGGAGGAAAUGUCACAUUUGGAAAAAUGGACAACAGUGACUAUGACAGUGAUAAGCACAGCAAACAGCCUGAACCUCAAAGAUUCACCAGUAUCAGGCACCUGUCCCCCAGAAAAAAUGAGCAGCCAGAGCAUAAUGAAUCCUUUCAAGCAAGUUCUGAUGCAUCUGGGGCAGUUGAGAAAUCUUACAGCGAUCAGUCUAUGCAGUCAACUUGUUCACCAGAAUCUUCUGAGGACAUAACAGAUGAAUUUUUAACUCCGGAAUAUGAGUAUUUUUACUCCUCUGCUGCUCAAGAAAACUUGGCUCUAGAGACCUCAAGUCCCAUAGAAAAGGACUUCGAAGAAAUGCAAGGUGCAUUUGCCCAACCUCCAAUCUGUGGUAAGGAAGUAUUCCAAAUGAGGAAAAUCCUUGGAAAGAAUGCUGAGAUUUUGACCAGGCCUCAGUUCCAACCUAUACAGAGUGUUGAAGGUAAACAAGAAGAGACAUUAAAGGAGUCACCAAAGGAACUGAAAGAGAAAGACAUAUCACUGACAGAUAUUCAAGACCUGUCUAGUAUCUCCUGUGAGCAAGAUAACUCUUUUAAGAAAGCCUCAUGCAAGACACCCAAAAUAAACCAUGCACCUUCUAGUGUCAGCACUCCACUUAGCCCAGGGUCAAUUUCUUCAUCUGCCAGUCGGUAUAAAGACUGCCUAGAAAGUAUCACACUUCAGGAUCAAACAAAGUCUACCUCUUGCUGGAAUAGCCAAGAAUCUAUUCGAAUUUUUCCUGAUAAAUUUACAACUGUUCGAGAAAAAGCAAAGAGCCUGGAUUCUCUUCUUAGUUACUCUGAGACCACUCCAAAAUUGAUCAAUCUGAAAAGAUUGUCUGCAUGUGUCGGAGCUGGUUCCUCUAGCAUGGCUACUACAUCUGACACAUCAACCCAAGCCACCCAGAGAAGGAGCCUGCCUAAAGAACUAGUGGAAGCCAUUUCACAGCAUCACAUUGAUGAACUACCACCACCAUCUCAGGAACUACUUGACGAAAUUGAGCACCUGAAGCAGCAGCAGGCUUCAUCCACAGUGUUGCAUGAGAACACAGUGCAUGAUCUCAGCAUCACUGCAAAUGAUCAAAAGCAGUUAAAAGAACUAGAAACUGACCAUAAUAAAGAUGACGACAUUUUGCUUUGGACAAGAGAAACUGGGGAUCUAGAAGAGGACACAGAGAGAGCUCACUCUACUCUUGAUGAAGAUCUGGAAAGAUGGUUUCAGCCACCUGAGGAGAACACGGAGCUACAGGACCCACCUAAAGGUUCCACAAGGGAGAAAGCAACCAAUGAUCAAGAAGUUGAUGAAAAGAAGAGAAAAAGGGAACAAAGCAUCAAGCCAGAGAGAAGGAAAUCAGACAGCUUUUUAGGGACUUCUGAAGAAGAUGAACUAAAGCCCUGUUUUUGGAAGCGACUGGGUUGGUCUGAACCAUCCAGGAUAAUUGUGCUGGAUCAGAGUGACUUGUCAGAUUGACUGGAAGUGGAUCACAGAUGGAUUCUGACCCAAGUUUGAGCAUCCUGGUUGUGAGCUCCUUUCUUCUCUCAUCUGCCACAGUUGCCAUUGAGGCAGUGGUUCCAGUUCUGUAACUCACAAUUUGUUUAGCUGCUAUAGUAGACAUAAUGGUUUGGCCCCAUCUGUGGGCAGCAUAUGUAACCAUUUAUUUUCAAUCAGAUUUCUGAAAAGUGCAAGGUAGUUGCAAUUUUAAAAUUUUCUCAUUGUGCUUAGAAUGGUUUUUGGUUUUGUUGAUGUAAUUUUUUUUGAAAACUUUAACUCCUGUUAUAUAAUAAAAUGUUUAUUUUCAUUACCAUUUAGGUUCCAGUUAUAUAUUUCUAUAUUUGAGUUUGAGAAUUGAGGAGAAAAGAACUUCAAUUUCUGUUACAAGGUUUGACACAUGGACAGCUACAUGGGCAGUUAUUACACAUCAUACAAACUGGUACCAGUUGUCCCUGUUUUAUCACAGAAAUACUGCCC